ACACCUUUUGUUUCCCAGCCACUUAGCCCAAAGGGAAAACAAUUGCAUAAAGAGCCAUAAUGAGGCAGCCUGCCAGCCAGCACUUAGGGAAAUUAGUGGCGGCGCCCGGGGCCAGACCCAAAACAGCAGCUAAACGAUGCAGAACGUUGAGGAAAACAAACUGCAAUUGGACACCCACACGGCUGUGGCGUAUCACUGGCGUGUGUGGCAGCUAACGGGACUCAUCCGACCGUCUGGCAUCCCUAAAGGUCUCUAUCGAAGCUACUCGAUUGGCCUCAACCUACUCGUGACGCUGCUCUUUCCGCUGAGCCUGCUGGCGCGGCUCAUACUGACGCGCAGCAUGAAGGAAAUGUGCGAGAAUCUGACCAUAACCAUCACGGACAUGGCGGCCAAUCUGAAGUUUGCCAAUGUCUACCUGGUGCGGCAUCACCUGGGGCAGAUACGCACGCUGAUCCAGCAGCUGGACAGGCGAGCGCAGGUGAUCGGCGAUCGGGAGGAGCUGCGCGCGCUCGACUGGGCUGUGACGUCUGCGCGGAACACGUUCCGCACCUUUGCCUGGAUCUUUGUGUGCGGCACAACGCUCAGCUGCGUUCGUGUGGCGCUCGCACGCAGCCGCCAGCUGCUGUACCCCGCCUGGUUCGGCAUCGACUGGCGCAGCUCGGACGAGGCAUAUGUGGGCAUCUAUGCGUACCAGUUGUUCGCUCUGAUCGUUCAGGCGGUGCAGAAUUGCGCUAAUGAUUCGUAUCCGCCGGCCUACCUCUGCCUGCUGACGGGCCACAUGCGAGCUCUCGAGCUGCGGGUGGGACGAAUCGGCUGCGACUGCGACUGCCUCAACGCUCGGCAGAGCUACGCUCAGCUGGUGGGCUGCAUCCAGGAUCUAACGCUCAUCCACCGCAUGCACACCAUCAUCCAGGAGAUACUCUCGGUGCCCUGCAUGGCGCAGUUCGCCUGCUCCGUUGCCGUUCAGUGCACGGUGGCGAUGCACUUUCUGUAUGUGGCCGAUGCCGACGAUCGUCUGGCCAUGAUCCUGUCGGUCAUCUUCUUUGUGGCCGUCACCCUGGAGGUGUUUGUCAUUUGCUAUUUCGGUGAUCAAAUGCGCACGCAGAGCGAUGCCCUCUGCCAUGCCUUUUACGCCUGCAACUGGAUCGAGCAGCUGCCGCGCUUCAGGCGCGAUAUUCUCUUCACUCUGGCACGGGCACAGCGACCAUCGUUGAUACUCGCCGGCAGCUACAUUCCACUCACACUGGAGAGCUUCAAGGAGGUCAUGCAUUUCGCCUACUCUGCCUUUACGCUGCUGCUGAGAGCCAAGUGAGGAGGCUGCCAACAACUGGAGGGGCUAAAAGAGCAGAGAGCGCAAAUCUGUACUCACUCGUGCACCAUUUGCA